CUGGUGUCGACGGGCAAAACGCUACAGUUCAUGAGACAUCUCUGAUAUGAACUUAUGAGGCUUUGAAACAAACUACAUAAAAGGGCAGAGAUAUCCCGAAUACCUGCGCAGCGUUAUAAUCUACGAGAUUAAGCGAAUCACACAGAUACGGACAAAGCUGUUCUCGACCAUCCGGUGCCCCUCGAGCCGCACGGUUUUCAUUCGUUCUUGGCAACGAGGGUUUCGACACUAGGGCUCGCCAUACCCCUUACUGGGCAACUUUGACUUACCCGUUUGCCGCACCUAUCUGUUCGGUCUCAAGCCAUGGAAGCAAGCAGUCAAGCUCUGGAAGAGCCCGAUAAUGAGCAGUACGAUGAUGAGGAGGAUGGCAUUGGAGCAACCGACGAAGACGACGAGGGAGCGUAUGUUCGCGACAACAAUGGAGAAGAAGUAGAAGAGACCGAGGAGGAGUACGAGGAAGAAGUGAUCGCGGCUGCGACCCCUGAGUCGAUUCCGCACGUUUUAGAAGUACGAGAUGGGAUCAACCACAGAGUGCUACGAGCCGUUUCGCGGCCCACCGACGACGGAAACUCGUUACGGCCGGUUCACGUAAGAGCUGCUCGUCGCCGCGUUAUUGAGGAAGAGGUGGUGGAUAGCCAGAUGGUGCCUGACGUCGGCGAGACCGACCCACAGGAAACCGUGGAAGUAGAUGCAAGUGCGGGAGAGAAGGAAGGUGUACUGAAACGAGCAUUGCAUUACGUGACGGGGACGGGGAAUGAGCAUACGCCCACUGUGGAAGAGGCUCCUACGAAGCCAGAGGAAGGCAUGGUAGCGAGAGCCCGGCACAUCUUUACCUUCGACACCACGCCAGCUCCCGAGAAGCCAGUGGCGCAAGAUGUAGACGUCGCGAAUGGAUCUGGUAAUGCAGCUGAGCAGCCUGCUGAGCCGAAGGAGGGCAUUGUAGCGAAAGCAGUGAGCAUGUUCACGUUCGGCGCCGCGACUGAGACGGCGGAAGAACAGGCGCACGAUCAUCCGAAGAAGUUCCUGGGCAUGUUCAGGCGCUCUAGCGACGACAAGGUUGAUUCAGCGGAUGGUGCAGCGGCAGUCAAGGCCCAACCCGCCCAGCCGUAUGCAUUGCCACUGCUACAUGAGGAUGCGGACGAUACGCCGCGGCCACAGCACCUGCGGAAGCAUGCGUUCCCCUUUGGCAGUUUCAAAUAUGGUGCCAACGCAAACGCCACCACAGCGGCUGCGACGUCCACUGAAGCGGCGAAGGAUGUGGGGACUCCACCUGCUGCCCCGUCGCCCACGACCAAGCCUAAAAACCGACAAAGGGCGGAAAGGACAGCGGAGGUUCCGUCGCGCACCAGUUCACCUGCCCCCGAACAAGCCCCACAGCAAGCCCCUCAACAAGGCCUGCUGUCGAAGGCUGCACAUGCACUUUUGCCGGAAGCCAUAGUAGGCGCAGCUCCUGCUGUGAAUGUAGAAGUAAAUAUAAACAACGACCAUUCGCGCGAAAGCUCAGCUUCACCGCAACCGGAGCCAGGAUUCCUAUCAAAAGCCGCGCACACAUUGCUUCCAGAGGCGCUACUAGCUGAUGCGGUUGUAAAGGAAAAGGACCACCACAAACAUAAGCACCACUCUCGCAGUGGCUCAGGAACACCAGAAGAAGGCUUCUUGUCGAAAGCCGCGCACACGCUGUUACCGGAGGCGUUGCUGGCUGAGACGUAUGUGGCUGCGAGAGAUCAUCACCACGACCACAAACACUCGCAUCAUUCGCAUCCUCAUCAUUCGCACCAUUCUCGGUCACGGUCAUCUUCCCCGCAUGAAGGGAUCAUUUCUAAAGCCGCUCAUGCUGUAUUACCGGCGGCGCUGAUAGCGGAGUCCUUGGUGGGUGGCCACGACUCGAAACAUGACAAACACCAUCAUCACUUCCGUGCCGAUUCACCGCACGAAGGACAUUUGGCGAGAGCCGCCCGUAAAGUGCUCCCGGACGCGCUGUUGCCGGAAUCCCUCGCAGACGAAAGGGAUUCGAAGCAUCCCAAGCACCAUCGUAAGCACUCAGAUUCCCACCACCACCAUCACCACGAAGGGCUUAUGGCGAAAGCGGCUCGUAAAGCGCUACCGGAGGUGCUGUUGGCCGAGUCGUUUAUAGCCGAGAAGCAAAAGCAUGCGGAUCCUCCUGAAAAUGAAGGGUUUGUGGCGAAGACUGCUCGUAAAAUGCUUCCGGGAGCGUUGCUGGCCGAGUCGGUCCUGGUCGACAGGGACAACCACCACCAUCAUGAAGGGCUUAUAAGCAAAGCUGCUCGGAAGGUGUUGCCGGAGGUCCUUCUGGCUGAGUCCCUUGUAGCUCAGAAUGAGUCGAGGCACCCGGAUACUUCGCAUCCUGAAGGGCUUAUGGCAAAAGCCGCUCGGAAAGUGCUGCCUGGGGCACUGCUGGCCGAGUCGAUUGUUACGGAGAAAGGAAAUCACUCAGAUGCUCACCAUGAAGGGAUUAUAUCGAAGACUGCUAGGAAGGUGUUACCCCAAGCACUACUAGCCGAGUCGAUCGUACAUGCGGAAGGAUCGAGGGACCAUCAUAAUGGACAGAAAGACGAUCGUUCUCGGUCGAACUCAAACUCACCUGCCCAGCAGGAAGGGUUCUUCAAGAAGGCCGCUCACACCGUGCUCCCAGCGGCGCUGCUGGCCGAAUCUGUUGGAGACUCAAAAGAUUCCGGGAUGUUGCACAAGGCGGCACAUAUGAUCCUGCCAGCAGCCUUGACUGCUGCAGCGGUUCAAGAAGGGGAAGACCACAAGGAGAAGCAGGACGAGAAGCAGGAAGACCCGGAGCAAGAGAAGCUGUUGGAACAACAUUUCGCGGAUCUGAAUCAAGCUCAGGUUGAACAGGAGCAAGCUCAAGUAGGACAAGGGCAAGCUCAAGUGGGACAGGUGCAAUCCCAACCUCUUCCCGACCCACAAUCCCAAGGGGUGAGCAACCCACCAUUCAACUACGAUUACCAGUCGAAAACGCUUCCCAACCCCGCCCUCACUAGCUUAACAUUGCAACGGCGUCCCAGCGCUGCAUCCGGAGGUCCCCGGCGGAAUACGCUCUCCCGCCUGCUCUCCUUGUCCCACCUUUCCUUGCACCGCCGAGGUAGCAAAUCCAACCUCUCUUCCAAUUCGGGAUUGGUCAACAGCCAGGCGACGCUUAGUAAUAGCGAGGGGGAUUUGUCUGGGAAUGCCCCCGAUUCCAACGCCAAACAAGGUAGCACCGCCAGGUCCCUGACCAAAAAACUUGGGCUGCGGUGGAAAUCCCGCGGCGGGACGUCCUCGAGUGAUUUGCGCGAUGACAAUGGCGCGGGAGGGGUGCUUCUCGGUGGUUGGGAUGGAAAGACGAACAAGCAGUUUGAGGAGCAUCGGCAGCAAGGCAGCCUGCCGAUGAGGAACGACGAUAUGGGAAGCCUGAUGGCGGGGAUGUACAGUGGAAAGGGCGGGUUUGGGCCGCGGCCAGCCACGUUUGGGCGGCCGCCAUUGCCUGUGGAGCCGAAAGUACAGGAAUUAGAAGCGCAACCUUCCGUGCAGGGCACCGUGGCUGAGACACAGCAGCAACAGCCAUUGCAACCCACCCCGCGGCCGCAGCUACCGCAGCAGCCCGUCUUACUGCAACCGCAGGCUGGAGCGUAUCCUGAGCACGUUCACGACACGCCGAUGCCACCUUCAGGUCAAUGGAAAGUCUCGCAGGAAACCAUCCGUCCACGGCCGCCGUACAAUAUACAAACCAACCCAGCGUUCCUCACGAGCGGUGCGACGUCCACAAACGUGAGCCCGCAACGUAGUCAAGCGGAUAUAGUAGCGCCUGCGGGAUGGGAAGCGUCCCUACAGGGAGGUAUCCUCGGUGAUGCCAAAGGUCAAGUUGGAGGAACGACGGCCCCGCCCACGGUUGCAGGGUUUCUGGACUCCGCCGACUCGACCACCGUGUAUAAUCUCCAGAUGGACCUCGCAAGUGCGCACGCCCUCACUAAUGCCCAAGCGUCUGCCCUCACCCGCAUCCAGUCCGCCAACGAAGGGCUUGCGACGCAGAUCGCGACUCUGAAGCAGCAGUUGCAGGUCUCACAGGACGCGCAAAGAACGCACGCAGAGCUGGUUUCCGCUCACGCCGCGUUACGCGGGCGAUGCGUGGAGUUGGAAGGCGUAGUCGACGGUUUGCGUGCCCAAUUGGAAGUCGCGGGUGAGAUCAGAGCAACGGGAGAUGCAACCACUGUCGCACUGGAGCUGGAGCAAACAGUGGUGGAGCAGAAUCGCACAAUCGAAGGGUUGCGCAACCGAGUCGGGGAGCUGGAGAUUGCCAUCAAGCAGCGCGAUGCGAUGGCGGUGGCUUCGCUGCAGAAGAUUCAGGUCACCCAGAAACGGAUGGUUGACAUCUACGAGGCGGUGACUUACACCGGCAUUGGCGGACCUGGUGUUGCAGCAGCGGCCGCCGCUGCUGCCAUCGAGUACACGGGUCGCCCAGCGAGCCUACCUUGGAAUCCAGCCAUGAUGGGCAAGCCGAUGGUUGCCAGCGCGCCCCCAGCAUAUGGUGGCAUGAGUACGGGCAGGCUGGGCUACCCGCAGGAUGAGUAUAUGUACGGAGGCAUGGGACAGGGACAAGAUUUCGGGGCCGCCAUGGCUGCCCUUUACUCUGGGAGGUCUUACUGAUUGGCAUUAUGUUGUAUAUUCAAGACCCGGGUUCUGCUUUAUGGCGUGCAUCAGCAUCAUCAUAUUUAUUGUGGCAAUUGUUGUCGCUUCUCCUCGACCUUCUUCCAUAACUUUGUACCUUUUUCAUCUAUACGCUUGUUUUUCAAUCAUAUUUGCA